AUGGCUCCCUCACGGAGUUCCAAAGACGACGAUUUCGUCUUCACGCUCUCUGAUAACGAAGACGCUCCCCGAUUUGACGAUGAAGAGGACAACGAAAUGAUGGGCGAUGCCCCGAUCGACAACAAGAAGCGCAAGCGCGAAGUAGAGGCCCCGAAGCCCAAGAACAAGAAGCAAAAGCAACAAGAAAAGCAGCAAUUGAAGAACGCCAAGAAAAACAAGAAGAACGGCGCCCCCGAGCCUGAACUUGAGUCCGAGGAGGAGGCUGAGGACAGUGAUGCUGCCGAAGAUGCGACAGAAGAUGAUGGGGUUCUGAAUCCCGAGUUCGAAUUCGAUGUCGGCGGCGCAGCCAAUCGUGGUGUCACCGAAGGCUUCGAUGGUUGGGGUGCUGCUGAUCAAGAGAAGAAGUCCGGUGACAAAAAAGCAGUGGACAUUGACGACAUCAUUGAGAGAAGGCAGGCCAAAAAGGAGGCAGCCUCUCAAAAGCAAAAGAAGAAGACACAGGACUCAACCGAAAGCGCCAGCGCAUCCGAUGACGACGACGCUGCAUUAGAAGCUGAUGCCCCUGUGGAAUUUGACGACGAUGAGCUCAUGGCCGCUGAUGGAUUUGGUAUGGGUGUGGAUGGCGAGGAGGAGAGUGAUGCAGAAGGUCCCGAAGUUGGCUCUGGACUUGAAGACAACGCCGAGGACAAUUCCGAGGACGAGGACGAGGACGCAGAUGAAGAUGAUGACGAUGCUGCAUCGGAUAGUGACUCUGUUGCCACGCCUGUCGGUCACCCAGACGACAUUGGGUUCGACGGAGGCUCCGAUGCUGAAAGCGAAGUGGACGAAGAGGAAGCCGAGAAGCGUAAAGCAUUCUUUGCCCCCGAAGAAAAGAUCGACACCAAGGCCUCUAUGGCUAAGAUGACGUUCCAAGAAUUUAACCUCUCUCGCCCUAUCCUUCGAGGUCUGGCCUCCGUUGGAUUCACUGAUCCAACACCCAUUCAGCGCAAGGCCAUCCCCGUUGCUCUGCUUGGCAAAGAUAUUGUUGGUAGCGCCGUGACUGGUUCAGGAAAGACUGCAGCUUUUGUUGUUCCCAUCCUGGAGCGUCUUCUCUUCCGUCCCCGGAAGGUUCCCACAAGUCGUGUUGUGAUCCUGAUGCCCACUCGUGAACUGGCGGUCCAGUGUUACAAUGUCUCUGUCAAAUUGGCUACUUUCACAGACGUCACGUUCUGUCAGUUGAUCGGUGGUUUCAGUCUCCGCGAACAAGAAAAUGUGCUUAAGAAGCGCCCUGAUGUUAUCAUUGCCACACCCGGUCGUUUCAUUGACCACAUGCGCAACUCGCCAAGUUUCACAGUCGACACCUUGGAGAUUAUGGUUCUUGAUGAAGCUGAUCGUAUGCUCGAAGACGGUUUUGCCGACGAGUUAAACGAGAUUCUCACUACAAUUCCCAAGUCGCGUCAAACUAUGCUGUUCUCUGCCACAAUGACAGACUCCGUCGACAAGCUUAUCCGUGUUGGCAUGAACCGCCCCAUGCGAUUGAUGGUUGACGCCAAGAAGAACACUGUAUCAACCCUUGUUCAAGAGUUUGUGCGUCUGCGUCCUGGUCGUGAGGAAAAGCGUCUCGGAUAUCUAUUGCACCUAUGCAAAGAAGUUUACACAAAGCGCGUUAUUAUUUUCUUCCGACAGAAGAAGGAAGCGCACCGUGUCCGUAUCAUUUUCGGACUACUAGGUUUGAAGGCUGGAGAGCUUCACGGUAGUUUGAGCCAAGACCAGCGUAUCAAAUCCGUGGAAAAUUUCAGAGACGGCAAGGUUGCAUUCCUUCUCGCAACCGAUGUCGCUUCCCGUGGUCUGGAUAUCAAGGGCGUCGAGACCGUUAUCAACUACGAGGCUCCUCAGAGCCAUGAGAUCUACCUGCACCGUGUUGGUCGUACUGCCCGUGCCGGUCGAUCCGGUCGCGCCUGCACCAUUGCCGCCGAGCCCGAUCGCAAGGUGGUUAAGCUGGCCGUCCGCGCCGGCAAGGCACAAGGCGCCAAGAUCGCCAGUCGUGUGAUUGAGCAAGCUGUUGCUGACAGCUGGGCUCAAAAGGCGGAUGAUCUGGCUGACGAAGUUCAAGAGGUCUUGCAAGAGGAGAAGACCGAGAAGCAGUUCGCUCAGGUCGAGAUGCAAGUUAACAAGGGUGAGAACUUGAUGAAGCAUGGACAUGAGAUCAUGUCGCGACCAAAGCGCACAUGGUUCGAGACGGAGAAAGACAAGAAGGUUGCCCGCAAGCUUGGUGCGGUGGAACUGAACGGACCCAAUGUCAAGAAGAGCAACGUGAAGCUGAGCAACAAGGACAAGAAACGUCUGGAUGAUGCCAACGAGCGACACGAGGGCAAGAUUGGAUGGAAGAAGGGCAAAAGUGACCGAAGAGCGCCUUCUCAUGCGAGGCCUGUCGCAAACGAAAGAGCCCCGACUCUCUCCUAUACGAAACAACUCGAAACUAGAGUCGCACAACUUGAGGAUGCACUCUCCAAGGCUCGCGGGGAUGGCGACGCGGAACUGCGAAAAGCAAGCUCACCUGUAUCGGUAGCCGAGUCCAGCUCGAGCGGUCCUAAGAUUAAGGCCGAUCCCGAUGCCCAAGAUCUCGCACGAGAAUUCGAUGGCCUGAAUGUGGAAAAUGACGGUCGCAUCUCCUUCCACGGCCCGACCAGUCUCUUUCAACUGCCCAGUGGCGCGGUCAACGAAACGGCAUCAACUUCUCACUAUGCUCAGGAGUUGGAAGCCCGCAAGGAGCGCCUGGUCAACAGCGCGUGGCGAGAGAGGGCGUUCGAGCAGAUGGCUGCCAUGCCGGAACCUUUCCAAUACCUCCUCGACUCCCACUGGUGCUGGAUUCAGCCACUGUGGAACUUUGUGUACCGUCCUGCCUUCACACGUGACAUGAAAAUCAAUGGGCCCUACUACUCAGAUAUUCUGUUGAACGCCAUUCUCUCCCAUUCAGUGCGAUGGUGCAAAGCGGAACCUCAGAUCGGCCCCCUCCUCGAAUCCUACGAUGGAGGAUCACAAUUCUCUCAUCGUGCAUUGACUGGCGUAUUUGACUCCCUGAAAAGUGGUUACGCAGGCAUCCCUACAAUUCAGACCUUGCUACUGCUCAGCGCUCAAGAGUGUGGCCGUGGAAAUCGGACACAGGCUUGGUUAUACAGUGGCAUGGCCUUCCGGCUACUGGAUGACUUGGGGAUCUCCAUUGACAGCCGAAAAUACUCGGGUUCGGCUCAGUUGAGUGACGAGGACAUCGAAAUACGCAACCGACUCUUUUGGGGCUGUUAUUUCUGGGACAAAGUGGUCUCCCUAUACUUUGGCCGUGCCCCAACGAUGCAGCACUCGCGUGUCAGUCCACCACGAAUGAUCCUCGAUGAUACCGCCGAGAUUGAAACGUGGACUCCCCAUGGCGUUACAUUCCCGGAUGGUGCUCACUAUCCGCCCACACAGGCUCGUUCAACCUCAUGUUUUAUGAAGAUGUGUAGCUUGGCCGAGAUCCUGAAUCAGAUCUUGAUUCAUAUCUACGACCCCAACCGCCAAAGUACAGCCUCGGAGUUCUAUGAUUGCGUCCAGGAGCAGAGCAAAAGCCUGGCUGAUUGGUGGGAGGACCUCCCGGAGUAUUUGAAGCUGUCGGCAGUGAAUUUACUUCCAUACUCUCCACCAAGCCAUAUUGUGAUUCUCAACUGUUUCUACCAUACCGUCAACAUUCUCCUCCACCGCCCAAUCCUUUGCUCGCGGGACCUACUCAAGCUCCGACAAGAAGCGUAUGACUCGAGCCAUUUGGUACAAUGCAUGGCUUCCGCAACAACCAUUCUCUCCCUCUUCGAUCUCUAUCGUCGAACAUUCGGCGACAGUCACGUCGUCCUCUCUCUUGCGUACAGCAUCUACACAGCAGCAUCCAUCUUUUUGCUCGAGAUCCAAGCUCUCAAGUACGCCGCACCGGGAACCCUCGACAAACUCAAGUUCUGCAUCUUCGCCUUGGAGAGAGUCAAAGCUGCCAAUCCUGUCAUCGUGACUGCCCUCAAUCUUAUCUCCGCGGAACUCCAAAAAAUGCAAAUCAACAUCCAUGGCGCGAUGCCUGGCCAACCCGAGUCAAGCCAAACCCACCACACUCAACAUCAAACUUCGUCUUAUACUCACACCCAUCGGCCCCAGCAUAGUCAGUCGCCGUCUCUUAAUAGCAAUCCUUCCCGCCAUGUUUCUCCAGGGCAGCACCAAUCUCAACCUCCCACCUCAAUGGGCACACACACCCAAACGCCGGGACCUGAACCCUCCUUGAUGCAAGGUUAUAAUACCUUCCACCACGCAGGGGCAAGAUUCGACAUGCGUGGGGGCGAAAUGCCGCAAAUGCCACCCACGCACCUGUUGGGCGGCAUGCCAAAUGCCGUUAUGACGGUAGAUGAACCCGGAUCGUACGAGAUCACACCCGAGGUUUUCGAGGCGUUCUCGUACGCCCAGCCUAUCACCACCAAUAUGAGUCCUGGAUUUGGACCGGGAUGGGGAGGGCCCCCUCAAUAA